AUUCAGAUUUGCAGCGACAGUAGUUCUAGGGUUGACACGAGCGAGGGCGAGUCGGGUAUAAAAACCAUCGGCUAAGCGGUUGAAUGGUGUCAGUUGUUCUUCAACUGUGGUCCAGUUCUCAUUCUCCCAGUUGAACAAUGAAGAUUUGGUUGGUCGUCGCUGUUUUGGCUGUUGCAUUAGCUUCGGCUAAUGUCGCCCAAGUAGCCGCCGAAGCUGCUGCGGAUGUGACCGCUGCCGUUUAUGUGUCUCAAGAAGAUGAUGACGCUAAUAACGAAACCACCGAAACUUACAAGAACACGGAAAAGGAUGACGAUGAUUACAAGGCUCAUUUCCAUCAGGAAGUACAAAAGAGUAGAGAUUCCUGGGAAUCGUCUGAGGAUACCCAGGAAAAGAAGGCCGGACACACUGAAAUCCCGACCUGCAAACCGAUUUACAUUUACCUUCCAGCACCAGCUCCAGCUGUUACACCUGCAGUGUACGUUCCUCCAAAGUACGUCCCUCCCACGACCGCAGCCCCCGUCUACGUUGCACCGACCACCGCGGCACCAGUUUACGUAAGACCAACGACCGCAGCGCCCGUCUACGUUGCACCUACAACUGCAGCACCAGUCUACGUUGCUCCCAAGACCCCUGCUCCAGUCUAUGUUGCUCCCAAGACCCCUGCUCCAGUCUACGUCGCUCCAAAGACCCCUGCUCCCGCAUACGUAGCUCCCGCAUACGUGGCUCCUGCUUAUACAUCAGUGGAGGUGAAAACUACGGAGAAGAAAUACGGCUCCGUCCGAGCACCAGGUUACAACUUGGGUUACGCAAAAACUGAAACCAGCGUACCGGGAACAGUUGAGGUUAAAACCAACUACAAAGCGGCCGAAUACCCCAAGUACCCUGAAUAUGUUGCACCAACCACUGCAGCCCCUGUCUACGUUAAGCCAACAACAGCUGCUCCAGUCUACGUUGCACCCAAAACAUCGGCUCCAGUGUACGUUGCACCUAAAACCGAGGCUCCAGUCUACGUUGCUCCGGCAACCAAAGCCCCAGUCUACAUUGCUCCAGCACCUAAGGCUGCAGUGUACGUUGCCCCGAAAACCGAGGCUCCAGUCUACGUUGCACCUACCACUGCUGCUCCAGUUUACGUCAAACCAACAACUGCUGCCCCGGUUUACGUUGCCCCAAAAACUGAAGCUCCUUCUUAUGUAGCACCUGCCUACGUUGCCUCUACCUAUGAAAUCAAAACUCCAGGAAAGAAGUACGGAUCCGUCCGAGCUCCGGGAUACGUUUUGGGCUACGCCAAGACAGAAACCAGCGUUCCAGGCACUGUUGAGAUCAAGACCAACUACAAAUCGGUUACGGUUGAAAAACCCAAGUACCAGUCUACGUUGCCCCGACUACCGCAGCCCCAGUUUACGUCGCCCCUAAAACCUCUGCUCCGGUUUACGUCGCCCCGACCACAGCAGCCCCAGUCUACGUUAAGCCGACGACUGCUGCUCCCGUCUAUGUUGCUCCAGCAUACAAAGCCCCGGUUUACGUUGCCCCGAAAACCGAGGCCCCAGUCUACGUUCAAGCCAACAACAGCCGCCCCAGUUUACGUUGCGCCAGCCACUAAAGCUCCAGCCUACGUAGCCCCUGCUUACGAGUCAGUUGAAAUCAAAACUGUAGGAAAGAAGUACGGAUCAGUCCGAGCUCCGGGAUACGUUUUGGGCUACGCCAAAACCGAGACCAGCGUUCCAGGCACCGUUGAGAUCAAGACCAACUACAAAUCGGUCACCGUUGAACAACCCAAAUAUGUUCCAGCCAAGUACCCUGAAUACGUCGCCCCAACUACUGCAGCCCCCGUAUACGUAGCACCGGCAACUAAAGCCCCGGUUUACGUUGCCCCGAAAACCUCUGCUCCAGUUUACGUUGCCCCGACCACCGCAGCUCCAGUCUACGUUGCCCCCAAAACUGCCGCACCCGUUUACGUUGCACCCAAAACUGAAGCUCCUGCCUACGUAGCGCCUGCGUACGUGGCUCCUUCUUAUUCGUCCGUGGAACUGAAAACCGCAGAAAAGAAGUACGGAUCCGUCCGUGCCCCAGGUUACAACUUGGGUUACGCCAAGACUGAAACCACUAUUCCAGGCACCGUUGAGAUCAAGACCAACUACAAAUCGGUCACUGUUGAACAACCAAAGUACGUUCCAGCCACACCUGCCCCUUACAAACCCACUGAGGCUCCCAAGUACCCAGUCUACGUUGCCCCGAAAACCGAGGCUCCAGUCUACGUUGCCCCGACCACUGCCGCACCGGUGUACGUCAAACCAACAACCGCAGCUCCAGUCUACGUUGCGCCCAAAACUAAAGCACCCGCUUAUGUAGCCCCUGCCUACGUGGCUCCUGCCUAUGAAUCGGUUGAAAUCAAAACUCCAGGUAAGAAAUACGGAUCCGUCCGAGCUCCGGGAUACGUUUUGGGUUACGCCAAAACCGAGACCAGCGUUCCAGGCACCGUUGAAAUCAAGUCCAACUACAAGUCGGUCACCGUUGAACAACCCAAAUAUGUUCCAGCCAAGUACCCUGAAUAUGUGGCACCAACCACCGCAGCUCCCGUCUACGUUGCACCGAAAACCGAAGCUCCAGUUUACGUCAAACCAACCACCGCAGCUCCAGUCUACGUUGCACCUAAAACCGAAGCACCCGCUUAUGUUGCCCCUGCCUACGUGGCUCCUUCCUAUUCAUCCGUCGAAGUGAAAACUCCAGGAAAGAAGUACGGAUCAGUCCGCGCUCCAGGCUACAAUUUAGGUUACGCCAAAACCGAGACCAGCGUUCCAGGCACCGUCGAGAUCAAGACCAACUACAGAUCGGCCACCGUUGAGCAACCCAAAUACGUUCCAGCUGCACCUGCCCCAUACAAGCCGACUGAGGCUCCUAAAUACCCAGUUUACGUCGCACCGAAAACCGAAGCCCCGGCUUACGUUGCACCGACGACAGCUGCGCCCGUCUAUGUUGCUCCCAAAACCAAAACCAAAGCCCCCGCUUAUGUUGCCCCCGCCUACGUAGCUCCCUCAUACACAUCCGUCGAGGUUAAAACUCCAGGAAAGAAGUACGGAUCAGUCCGAGCUCCCGGGUACAACUUGGGUUACGCCAAGACGGAGACAUCCGUUCCAGGCACUGUUGAGAUCAAGACCAACUACAAGCCAGCUGCAGUUGAGGAAACCAAAUACGUUGCACCGGUUGCAUGGGUAGACAAAUAUGUUCCAGUAGCACCGACGACAGCUGCUCCAGUCUACGUUAAACCAACGACAGCAGCCCCAGUUUACGUUGCUCCUAAGACCGAAGUACCUGCUUACGUAGCUCCUGCGUACGUCGCACCAUCUUACGAAUCGAUUGAGAUGAAAACUCCAGGUAAGAAAUACGGAUCAGUCCGAGCUCCGGGUUACGUUUUGGGUUACGCCAAGACCGAGACCAGCGUUCCAGGCACCGUUGAAAUCAAGACCAACUACAAGUCGGUCACCGUUGAACAACCCAAAUACGUUCCAGUCACCCCUGCCCCAUACAAACCGGUUGAAUACCCCAAGUACCCAGUCUACGUUGCACCGACCACCGAAGCCCCGGUUUACGUUGCACCGAAAACAUCAGCUCCAGUCUACGUUGCCCCGAAAACAUCAGCUCCAGUCUAUGCCCCUUCAAUUGAAAUUAAAAGUCCAGGAAAGAAAUACGGCUCCGUACGAGCUGUUGGAUACAACUUGGGAUACGCCAGAACGGAAACCAGCACAGCUUAAAUAAUAAUUUAAAAAAAAAGAAAGAAAAGAAAAAGAAAAACUUGUUCAAACCAAAUUUCGAAAUUCACCAGUAAUUGAAUGAUCUUUGGUCGACGGUUUAGAAUGAUGUCGAAAUAUGUAUUUAUGACAUAUAGCUCUUUAUUAUUCGACGGAUUUCUAAAGAAUGACAUGAUCUUUGUUUUGGUGGUUGAAUGUGAGCUUUAAUGUGAAGGGUUCUAUUAGUGGUGUUCUAUAGCUAAAUUUAUUGUGAUGCUCCUCAAAAAAAAAGCCAUGCUUAUAUCGGUCCAAUUUAUGAAUGAAUACAAUGAUUACAAAUGA